UACGCUUCCCACGCUAAAAAGACCCCUCCGUUUUUGACAGCUCUACGUGCUUCUCCUCAGGUUCAUUCAUAAUGGCGUCUGGUUACGGUCUCAAUGGCGGUCCUUCCCGCUGCUACGGUUUCUGGCAGGAAGUCCUCGGUUGCUACGUCGUCAAUUCCGGUGAGGGCGAGACCGGCAAGAAGAAGUGCAUGCCCGCAUUGGAGGACUACUACGAGUGUCUGCACCACAGAAAAGAGGCUCUCCGCACAAUGAAGAUGCAGGCCGCCUACCGCAAGGCCGAAGCCGCACACCCCCGCGAGAACGCUCCCAAGGCGGAACAGAUUCGCAGUCUGGGGUUGUUAGGGAAUGAGGAACAGUCGGCAGAUGUAUUGGCGAAGGCGUCAUGAAGGAGGAUGCGCAUACCCAGGAUACGGUGAUUUUGUUACUUUACGUUUGCGCGUCUUUGUUUUUU